AGGAUGGCUCUGCUCCGCCCCUCUGGGUCCCUCUCUGCCUAAAUUCCUCCUCUCCCCGAUCCUGAAGGCCUGUUUUACAGGUGGCUGUUAUCUGGCACAUAUAGCAGUCAAAUCCGCCCCUUCUUUCCCCCGCACGCCCCCAAACUCGCUGCUGGCAUGGAACCAGAGCCGCUCUGGUGCCAGGCAAGCCCUCCACCGCUGACCUGCCACCCUGCCUCCUUCUCGCCCCUUCUAAAAGACCGGGAGACCGAUUAGAGACAGCACACCUGACUAGGGAGCCCGGCUCAGUCCCUGGCUGAACCUCCCCAGCGCGGCCGCCAGAGGCUGCGAGCACCUCAAGAGUCGAAGGCGGGUGGUACUGAAAUCAGGUCCCGGGACCCCCCUCAACUCCUGGGACUCUGAAUCUUGGAAGGAAGACGCCAGGUAAUGGCUGAGGCAGGAUCGGGGCGGGGAAACCGAGGCACCCGCCCUCUGCAACUCUGGACUCAGUAGGGCAGGCAGGGAGCCGUGGGCGAAGGCUGGCCGGCGCCGCCUCUUCACAACUCGUGCAGCCCUGAGCGAACUGCCCGCGGAUCCGCAGCUCAGUUGGGUAGGCACAGCUUGUCCUGGAUCCUGCCAACCGCUAAGGUGCGAGCGGGGAUUCCAUAGCAAGCCCUCCGCUGGGUGACCCGGGGUGAGUCGCCGACCCUCUCUGAGCCUUUUUGCAAAGCACGGAACCAGGGAUUCCGGAUCCGCGCUGGCAGGGACGGGAGAGAUUGGUGGAGCUUCCUUGCCUCUUGCGUCCUCUAUGACCACCUGUGCUUCCUCCAGCAUGGAUACGUGGAUGGUGCUGCUGGGCCUGCAAAUCCUGCUGCUCCCACUCCUGGCUCACUGUACAGCCCCAGCUUCCACCCUGAGAUUCGUGGCUGUGGGUGACUGGGGAGGGGUCCCCAAUGCCCCAUUCCACACAGCCCGGGAAAUGGCCAAUGCUAAAGAAAUCGCCAGAACCGUGCAGAUUAUGGGCGCUGACUUCAUCAUGUCCCUGGGGGACAACUUCUACUUCACUGGAGUGCAUGACGCCAAUGACAAGAGGUUCCAGGAGACCUUUGAGGAUGUGUUCUCUGACCGUGCCCUCCGCAACAUCCCCUGGUACGUGCUGGCUGGAAACCAUGAUCACCUUGGCAAUGUCUCGGCACAAAUUGCCUACUCCAAGAUCUCCAAGCGCUGGAACUUCCCCAGCCCUUAUUACCGUUUGCGUUUCAAAGUUCCGCGGUCGAACAUCACCGUGGCCAUCUUUAUGCUGGACACCGUGAUGCUGUGUGGCAAUUCCGACGACUUUGUCAGCCAGCAGCCUGAAAUGCCCCGAGACCUGGGAGUGGCCCGCACUCAGCUGUCCUGGCUCAAAAAACAGUUGGCAGCAGCCAAGGAGGACUAUGUUUUGGUGGCCGGUCACUACCCCAUCUGGUCCAUCGCCGAGCACGGACCCACCCGCUGCCUGGUCAAGAACUUGAGGCCAUUGUUGGCUGCAUACGGGGUCACCGCCUACCUGUGUGGGCAUGACCACAACCUGCAGUAUCUUCAGGAUGAGAACGGUGUGGGCUAUGUGCUGAGUGGGGCCGGCAACUUCAUGGACCCUUCCGUGCGGCAUCAACGAAAGGUCCCCAACGGCUACCUACGCUUUCACUAUGGAUCUGAGGACUCUCUGGGUGGCUUCACAUACGUGGAGAUAGGCUCCAAAGAAAUGAGCAUCACGUAUGUGGAAGCCUCUGGAAAAUCACUCUUCAAGACCAGCCUCCCCAGGCGACCCAGACCCUGAAGACCUACAAGGGUCCUGCUUAUCCCCUAAUGGGUCUGAGGGAGGGAGCCUCUGCAAGCCUGAUGGGUGGGCCCUGUGAGGACCUCACCCACCAGCAGCUUUUUCUCUGCCCUGGUACUCUGGCAGAGUGGGAAGGGGGAACCACAGAGGCUUACAUAUAGGAAAGAAGUACACUCACACCAACUGGCCCCCACAGCCAGGCUUACCCUGUGGUUUUGGGGUAGACCUUUCUUGGGAGUGGGGCUUUCUUUUAAAUCAAGCAUCUCACUGUCACUGCUGUUCAAUAAAAACAAUAGUUGACAAGGC